GUGUGUGUGUGUGUGUGUGUGUGUGUGUGUCUGAGGGGUGUUGAAAAUGAGGAAGAAUCCCCCCUGAAGGAAACUGCCAAGGAGGAGGGACAGGAAACAAAAAACAAAAAAAAGGCGCUUCUAGAAAACAAACUCUAAGGGGACGGUUGGCCAGUCGAGCACAGACAGAGGCAACGACAACCAAACCCCCUGAGAAGACAGAACUGAACCAGAUCACCAUGGAGACGGUCAUAGAGGAAGAACUGAACAAGGUCACCAUGGCGAACGAUACUACCCAACAGAGAUGCCUUGAUCUAGGAGGACUACCCGGUUACGCAGAGUGGCCCACCCUGGUUGAAGAGGCAAAGCGGGGAGUGAAAAUUUGGACCGUCAAGUUCGAACCGGAAGAACAGCUUAACCUCAACGGCCCUUUGUACACCGUCAAGAUCGACCCGGAAGAAGAAGAGCUUAACCUCAACGCCGUCAAGAUCGAACCGGAAGAAGAACAGCUUAACCUCAACGGCCCUUUGGGCACCGUCAAGAUCGAACCACCGGAAGAAGAACAGCUUAACCUCAACGCCGUCAAGAUCGAACCGGAAGAAGAACAGCUUAACCUCAACGCCGUCAAGAUCGAAUCGGAGGAGGAACAGCUUAACCUCAACGGCCCUUUUUCCGAGGGCAAGAGUUCCAACGAGGCUCGGGCUCCAGAUGAAACGAAGACAACAGGAACAGGACCAAACCUACCUGGUGAACAGGACGAACCACAGAAGAUUAAGAUUGAGGUUGUAGAGUCCCUGUCCCAGAGGGACGAACCACAAAAGAUUAAGAUUGAGGUUGUAGAGUCCCUGUGUCAGAGGAACGAACCACAGAAGAUUAAGAUUGAGGUUGUAGAGUCCCUGUCCCAGAGGGACGAACCACAAAAGAUUAAGAUUGAGGUUGUAGAGUCCCUGUGUCAGAGGAACGAACCACAGAAGAUUAAGAUUGAGGUUGUAGAGUCCCUGUGUCAGAGGGACGAAGACUCAAUUAGCUCUAACUAUACCCUAAGUGUGUUCCCUUCGGAUGAGGAGGAUGAGGAAGAUGCUCUCGUCAUUGAGUGCGAUUGGAGGCAGGGUCGCGACGUGGUGCGGAGCGGGUCUACAGACCCAUGGAAGAAAAAAGAAAACUGUUCAUCGGAGCGCAACAGCGAGAUGGGCACGAACACAGAAUGA